AUGUUACUUGCCGACUCUUAUCUUGAUGAAGAGUCCUAUAAAAUUAUCUCCUCUUCUCUACAAUUAGUAAACUCCUCCCUGAAGGAACUGGACCUCAGUAGCAAUGACCUGCAGGAUUCAGGAGUGGUGCUGCUCUGUGCUGGACUGAAGAGUUCACACUGUAAACUGCAGACACUCAGUACAGGAAUACAGCAGGGCAAGGGAACUGGUGGAAACAUAAAGGGCUUUAGUCAGGACAUGAGAAAUGUGUGGCUGACCUGUAGGCAAGGCCAGCCUAUAACAAUAGCUAUUGCAAUAGCAAAUGCAACAAACCAUAUUAAAGUUCCUGACAAGGUGCCAGCUACUGGGACCCCUCUCACAGCGCAUUAUGUGAUAUUCAAGAAAAAAAAAUGUGGAAUUCUUGGAUCAGUUCUACAAUCACCAAACUCAUUCUUGAAAGAUCUGGAUCUCAGUAACAAUGACCUGCAGGAUUCAGGAGUGGAGCUGCUCUCUGCUGGACUGAAAAGUUCACACUGUAAACUGGCAAGAUUCAGGCUGUCUGGCUGUUUGGUUACACAAGAAGGCUGUUCUUCUUUAACGUCAGCUCUGAAAUCCAACCCCUCCCAUCUGAGGGAACUGGAUUUGACCUAUAACCACCCAAAGGAAGAUGGAGUAAAGCUGCUCUCUGAUCUACUGAAUGAUCCAUACUGUAUACUGGACACACUGAAGGUGGAACAUGGAGAGAAGCUCAGGAUGAAACCAGGAUUAAAGAAGUAUGCCCGUUAUCUCACUCUGGACCCAAACACUGCACACACUCAUUUGGUUCUCUCUGAAGAGAACAGGAAGGUGGAGCGGGUGGAAGAAGAUCAGCUGUAUCCGGAUCAUCCAGACAGGUUUGAGAACAGCUCACAGGUUCUGAGUGUGGAGAGUCUGACUGGACGCUGUUACUGGGAGGCUGAGUGGAGUGGGAGUGGGGCUGAUUUUGUAGUGUCUUACAGAGGAAUCAGCAGGAAAGAAGACAUAAAGUGCUGGUUUGGAAACAAUAAACUGUCCUGGAGACUGUACUGCUGUGGUGCUGAUGGUAUCAGUUACUCUGUUAAACACAAUGGUUUAGAUCAAUCUGUAUGUGUCCCAAACUUCGAGUCCCGCAGAGUGGGGGUGUAUCUGGACUGUCCGGCCGGGACUCUGUCCUUCUACAGCGUCUCACCUGAUACUCGCAAACUCACCCACCUACACACAUUCAGAACCACCUUCACUGAGCCGCUCUACGCCGGGUUUAGCAUUUACCAAGAAUCUUCAUUGUGUUUGUGUGAGAUAGAAUGAUGUGGAUUUACACAGAUUAUAACUGUGUGUGUUAUUUCCAUUGUGUACAUUAAAUCUAUAC